GGCAGUUUCACGUGCUUCCGGUUUAUCGAUCGAACCGGUAAGAACAUGGUAGUUUGGAUUUGAUAACCAGAAUAAAGUGAUUUUGAUUUUAAUAUUGUUACUUAGAAAACAUUUAAUAUUUUAUUGUAAAUAUGAAUCCCCUUACAUCUGAAUCCUUAACCGAUAAAGAAAAAAAUGAACUUAUGCAACAAAUCAAACAAGAAGUUGCCGUUGCAAAUGCCCAAGAAAUGCUUUCGGAAGCAGGCUGUACAAUUGCUACAAACAGAUUUUGAUUUGUCAAGCAUCCAGUUGAUCCAUUAUGAAUUGUACUUAGUUAUUGCAUCUUAUUUGGGGCAUAGUAUAUUCAUACCAAUAUGUUUAUCAAGGUAUUGGAUUGCCCAAAAAUUGAAUUGCUUAAUCUAAAGCUUCUGUUAGUUAUUUAAAUAUUACAAUUCAUGGAUGCAAGAAAACAUAUAAGCACCUAAUCUUUCAUUGAAUAUCAACUUCAACUUUUAUAAAUACUUUUAGUUUCAUGCGUUUAGCACCAUUAUCUUUGAAGAAAAAUAAUUUUAUAUAUUUUUUAGGCAAUCCAUUUUUAGACGGAUGA